CAUGGUGCAUAUCUCAACUUUUCAUUCAGUCCAUUUAGACGGGUUCCAUAUCGAUAUCGCAGUAAAAUUUGCAAAAUUUCUCGAAAACUGUGUUACUACUAAAUGAUACUUAUUUUGGAGAGUUUCGAUAGUAUUUUUCUGGUUGUACCGUGUGGAACAAGUUCGCGGAUUGGUUAUCGGAUCGGAAUUUAUCGGAUCGGAAUAUUCAGAUAAAGCGUUCGCUUGUUAUAUUUUGUCAUAAUUUUAUCGAGCGAGCAGCCUGCGAAGCUCGAAGCGUAAAGAGGUGUGAUCUCGCUGGAAAAUUCUUCUGGAGCCGUCUCCGUUGUAGCACCAGAGGUAGAGUGAUUUAUUAAAUCCGGAAUUGUUUACCGCGAAGGGGCGUCAGAGUGGGGAGACAUGUAUGGCAAGGGAGAACAAAGUGGCGGUGGCGGAAGCGGAGCACGCCAGAACAGGUCGGGCAGCAACUCGCCUGAUCUCGAUCUCAGACAACACGAUGCCUUUCACGUUGGCGCGCACUGCGAGGAAAACACUUGUAAUCGCCUGGAUUUCCUUCCCGUCAAGUGUGAUGGAUGUGGCAAAACCUUCUGCAAGGAGCACUAUCGCUACGAGCACCACCAGUGCUCCAGCGGACGCCAACAGGAUAACCAGGUCCCGGUGUGUCCAUUGUGUAACGCCCCCGUGCCCAUCAAGCGCGGCCAACUACCGGAUCUCGUCGUCUCGGAGCAUUUGGACACGGAAUGCCGCUCGGAGAAGGCACUGACGCUGCAGGCUCGCAAGCGACAGGCCGGCCAGGUGUACGCCCACGGCUGCGCUGUCCCCGGCUGUAAGCGCAAGGAGAUGCUGAAAGUGGACUGCCCGCACUGUCGACGAUCCUUCUGUCUGGCUCACCGCUUCCCCGAUGAUCAUCAGUGCGCCAACAAAGCCCUUCCCCUUGACAACAGCGCUAAACGCUCGGCGCCUGCCAGCAAAGCUGGAGCGGCGGCAUUGGCGCGCUUUGGAACGAGCAGUAAAGCCACUCCCGCGGCCGGGAAGCCAGGUGUGGCAACUGCAGUUCAGUCUCCCAACAUGUCGGAGGAUGAAGCGCUGGCCCGUGCCCUACAGUUGUCCUUGUCGGAUUCCCCAUCCGGCACCGCCCCCGCGCCCACAGCGCAGGAAGACGAUGACUUGGAGCUGGCGCGCGCCCUGGCCGUUAGCGAAGCGGAGUUCCAGCGGGUACAGACGCAACAGAGCCGAAAAACCAACUGCGUGAUGUCUUGACCGCCGUCCUGUCCGCGCCUGGGCCGGUUUUUCUGUACAGAUAGUACGCAUCCUUGUAGUCAUUCUCAGAUGUUAAUUUUUUAUUGCCUGUCUUGCACCCUGGCAUGUGCGUGCUAGAAAUGGUCUACUUUAGGUAAAUUACUGUUAGCAUUCGUGUGGGGGAAGUUUUAAAGUUUGAAAGUGUUAUUUAUUAAACAAGUGCGGAAUG